AUGGCGGACAAAGACUCUGCUGGUUGUGGAUAUAUCGUCCUUGUGGCUUCUAGCAUCGUUUAUACCCUUCUGGGAAUAGCCGGAGUUAUUGCCGGGUCAAUCCUCAUCGCAGAAAACUACCAGUCAUCCAACAUUACCUCGUGGGGUGGAAACAGUACCUCGAACAGUUGGUGGAAUGAGCCCUACAACGAGCAGUGUUUAACUUACUACCUUUAA